UUACUCAUGAGCUUCUAGUGACGUCAUAGUCAUGCAUAUUCAUUACGCGCUCUACUGUCGUACCAUUUUAUGCUACUGAAACGUGGAAGAAAUAAACUGCGCAUGCUGUCAACUGAGGGCGCUACAACGACAGACCGCGGAGUAAACUGCUGUGGUUGUGAAUCUUUACCGACCUUGGCGAGCGAAAUUCUGGUGAAAGCAAUGAAGAGAUCUCGGGUGCCUGACGUGUUUAGCAACAGGAAAAAGGUCCGAGUCACAGGUACUGCACACAACUGGGAAGAGUCAAGCAUCUCUCCCUCAGAGGUUGCCAGUGAGACCAAGGCAGCUCUGCUGUACCUGCGUUCCCUGGUCAACGUCCAGGUCUUUGAGGACCGGAUUCCACCAAUCGUCUUCAAGCAGCAGGUCUACAGCAUUGUCAAGUGCAAAACUGCUGCAGACAAGCAAAUUAAUGACUUAAGAGAAAAGAAAGAAAUCAAGCUGUUUCGUCUGGGCAAGGAGUCUGACACGUUCGCCAUCGUCUUCACCGAUGACUACCGGGAGCACGUCAGACGGACCAUGGCAGACGGCCCUGCCAAGGAGAGAUUCCUGGACACGGUCCUGGAGAAGACGUCUGACGUCAGCUUGGACAAGAAGACCAUGACGGACCUGGGGUUUAAGGAUGAGGAGAUCACGCAGUUACUCCAUGGCGGUGUGCUUAACGUCAGGGAUGUGGGCAGCUGGUGGAUCGCUAUCCCUGGCGCCGGCAUUUUCAUGAAGUGUUUCAACAAAGGAAGAGAUUCCAUUUUACGCUCGAUAAGGAAAAGUAAAUAUCAGAAGAUUCUGCAACAGGAGCUGGAAGACCGGAAGCUGAGGGCGGUGCAGAAGUUAGGAAUCCAGUAUCAUAUCCAUGACAUCAUAGGUGCAGAACUAGUCACAAGGCUCGACACAACAUCAGGGACGAUGUUACGGCUUGACCAGUGAAAAGAAGUGCUACUGGAGUUUUUUUGACUCCGGAUCAGAUAGUGGACCAAAGCAAGCUCAGUGAAUCAGCUGGUUCAACCUUCUAAGAAGCAGGAUGUGAAGGGUUCAAGUCCUGUCUGAGUGAGCUGGCCAAGUUGCUCUCACAGACUCGUAGAUAGUCUAGGGGCUAGAUUUUUAUGGUUUGAUACGCAAUAACCCGCCGCCGCGAUGACCUGCUGCAGCGAUAACCUGCCGCCCCGAUAACUUGCCACAGCGAGAGGGUGUUAUCACGACCAACCAAUAUCACCCAUGAACCGUCUGGAACAACGUCUGGGGAAAUUCGUAUCGGUUGUGUACUGCGUACGCACCUGUUUGGCCUAAUACAUGCAGCGCACAUUCAAAACAUAUCAUUGUAGUUCUGAACCAAACUCUUAAAUUGCUAAAAAAAUUGUAAAAAAAAGAUGCAGCAAGACUUUUGUGCAACUUCACCGGUCAGCUCUUUCGUGGUGUGUACUGUGCCUGGGACUGAAUAUGGACCGUAAUUGCCUGCAAAAGUAGCACAUGCACACUAUUUUCCACCUUGUUCGGCAAGAGAUUUUACAUAUUUCCCUAAAUGUUCCUGAUGGUUUGUGGAAGAUAUUGGUUGGUCGUGAUUAUGCCCUCUUGCGGCGCCGGGUCAUUCUCGAAUCAAACCAUAACAACGUCUAGCCCCCAGACUAACUCAUAGAUAGAGCUGGGAUAUGGUGGUAUCAGUACUGUAGUGGGAAGAGCAAAUCCUUGUGAAUUAACAUUCAAUCAGGUUUGUGUUACCAUUAUAAUUGCAUAGGGGACGAAUUGCCCAACACCAAAAUGAUUCUGUAUGUGUUAAAAAAUUCCUAUGUGCAAAGAGGUUAUGUCCAAGGAAAAGACUAAUUUGUGUUUGAAGUUUGGCACCGUUUUGCAGACAUUCGUGUCAGAAAUAUCAUGUAUUGUCUUCAAAAUAGCAGCCUUUGGCCACACACUUAUUCAAUAAGCCUUUUCGGAGUUCCAACUGCGCAUUCGUAACCUGUGACA